AAAUGCCCAUUAGUUCUUCAAUUGUCUAAUUUUGUUCAAUCAGCAGUCCCAAAGAGUUUCAGUUUAUUAUCGCAGAAGACAAGGAAAACAAGGAGAGAUUCACAUUUAAGAAGCUGGAACCAGACUUUUUUGUUGUUGUUCAAAAACAGCUUGAAUGAUUAAAUAGUUGCAGAUGAACAAGUAAUCAAUUGUGAAUUGUUCUUUCAGCAGAGAAUAGACCCCAUGUAGGAAGAUCAAAUUAAACAAGUACAACUGAACAGUUCAAUUAAUUAAAAAUAACAAGAAAAGCAUUGUAAAUUUGAACAUUUUGUAUCCAAGUUAACAUUUUGUGACCUCAGUAUUGCAAAAAUCCUUGAAAUAUGAUUAAAAAUAUUCCAGCACGAUCUAAAAUAUAACUUAUUGAAAAAUCAUGUGAGAAAGUCCUAGCAUUAUUCCCCAAAGUACUAGUUGCAUAAAAUUAGACAAAACAUGAUCCCUAAGUACCUUGCACAAAGGGAGUCAUUGUUAUUGUGCAGGACGCCUCGUGACUGCACUCAUAAGGGACAUCUUGAAAUGUAAUCUCUUUAAACAAUGUGACGGUACACGUCCAACAAUCCCAUCCACUUUACUUCAAAUAUAAUAGACUAUUAUAUUACAUACGCUGAGACAGCCAUAGCAGCAAACACACCUGUACAACACAGCACUCUAGGGAACAGAAUCAGCCCUCUUGUAUAUAAUGGAUCAAAGCUUCAGAAGAGCUAGUGUGCUGCAGAGAGAUCUCAAAGUGUUGAACCAAAAGGAGGACAGGGAUCUCCAGCAUAAACUGAACAUGUUGGACAAACAGUACCGGUACACUCGCAAGAUGCUUCAGCAAAGAAGAGAGUCUCUGAUAAAUAAACAGAGAAGGGUAGUGAUGGUAAAAGUGGUGGAGCCUAAAGCUACAGUCAGCAUCGCUAUGAAAGAAAUCGAAGAACGCAAAUUUCAAACAUCUGAUGGCAGACGAUCGUACUCCAGCACAUCCCAGUAUCCCAACAAAGGACGUGAACUGGAGGAGCAGAGUCGCUCGACAUCAGCGCCGCCUCCGUCAGUCAAACCCACGAGCCCAGUGAGACGCAGAGGCUACAUCCAGAGCAGCGUGUCUCUCAUGCAGAUGAAAAACAUUGCAACUAUUGACUCAAUAUCCGAAAAGGAGCUGGCCAGGCAACAGCAGAAAACCCGAGAGGAAAUGGAGAGGCUGAGACAGUUUCAGAGGGAAACUUUACACAAGAGGGUGGCAGCGUUUAUAGAAAUGCUCAAGGACAAAGGCAACAUGGAAAUACACGUGAAACCUCCGUAAAGGAACUCAUAAUUUUGGAGUCUACUCACAA